UCUAUUAAUAUUUUAUAAUUAAUGAUAAACAAUUAUGGAUCUAGACGAUCCUGGUGAGGAUUCAGUGGAAAUAAAUCAAGUGAAUCCUUCAUCACCAAUUCUUGAAACUAGAAGAAGCAGUAGAAUUAGAAGUGUGCACGAUUCUAGCAUAAUUACUGGUCAUAUUGUACAAGAAGAAAAUAGUAGUAAUAGUAAUGAUAUAGUUGUAGUUAAGACUGAUGAUGUUAAAGUGGUGGAUGUCAAAUGUAACAAAAAACGAGCCCUAAGUGUCUCAGACAACGACGACGAUGAUGAAGAGGGUACUUUAUGUCCAAUAUGUUUCGACUACUGGACUAAUUCAGGUGAUCAUCGCUUGACUUCUUUAAAAUGUGGGCACUUAUUCGGACACUGUUGUAUCAAGCGUUGGCUCAAAGGCGAGACAAAAAAUUGUCCGACUUGCAAAAUGAAAGCACACAUUCGUGAUCUGCGUUUUAUUUACGCAAAGACUCUCAAAGUACAAGACACUAGCGAGUUAGAAUUCAUGAAAGAAAAACUGGAUAAAGUCACAGCCGAGAAAUCCAAGCUGGAACUACAAUAUCAAUCCUGCAUUAUUAAACUACAAUUACUCUCUGAAGAGAACGAAAAACUUAAACAAUCCUCUAUCACCCCAAAUAAUACUUCCUCUAGUCAUUGUAAAACUCAAUUAAUUGAUUUGUACAAAGAUAAGACUAUAGAGAUGUCCAGCGAUGCUGGGUGUAGAGUUUUUUCAUACAAUCCGCAUUAUCAAUUGCUGGCGGUGUCUCAGAAGUCUCAGGGGAAUAUUUUUGCUGGUUUUGGAGUCAGGUUGAUUGAUAUGAAAUUGUGUAAGACGCUACAGUUUGUUUAUUUGAGCCAGAAACAGAUUCGGCAUAUUGAAUUUAGUACGCUGAAUGUGGAUUUGUUGCUGACUGUGUCUUUGGAUAAAACUGCAAAGAUUUAUGACGUCCAAAGAAAAACCAUUAUCCUAGUCGUCAAUACAGAAAUUCAAUUGUGGUCUUGCUGUUGGGAUGGAAGCAACCCGAAUUUAUUUUAUGUGGGCGGACAGUCUGGAACAUUUUUGAAAUUCGAUUUAAAUAAUGCACAGGAGUGUCUGGAUACGUUCAAGCUCGAUGACAUGUCACCAGCCAUUUCCAUCCGUGCAGUUCCAGCCUCACCAGGUGCCCCUUUGCCCUACGGAGGAGUCUUAGUGUGCACCCUGAAAUCCUGUUGGGUCGUGGACACAAUCGAUGAAUCUAAGAAGACCUUCAAGUUGCCCUUCGAAGGCUCCUUUGUUAGUCUGUCCUACGACAGAAGUUCUGACCACAUACUGAUAUCUGCGAGGCCCUGUUCCAAGUUCAAGAAUUCGAGACACAUCGUGGCCACUUUGGAUAAAGUCGAUGACAUCAUAACUGCUCGGGUGGUCCACGAAUUUUUGGGAGGACAGUUUCAGGAUGUUAUGUCGAGAUCGACACAGAUAAUCUUCAACAACGAACACUACGUGGCAGUCUACGACAACCACUACAAGAGCUACAUCAUCUGGAGUAUGAAAACCGAGAAGAAGGUCAAGACGCUGCCAGUGUCGAAUCCCGUUCUCGAUCUGUGCGCAGCACAAGUCGAAUCGAAUAUGUAUCUUUUAGCACUAACCGAGACCUCUUUGUAUUUGUAUAGGACGAGAGUGGUCGUUUGA